GAACAAAUAAUGCGAGAGAAGCAAGUCAGUGGACGUGUCCAGAUACAAGUUUGGUACCACGCAGAACGUAAUGAAUUGGUCGUAUCACUUAUGGCAGCAGAUGAUUUAGCUUUACGCGAUGAAGCCUACGGUCACGGUAACUUACCGGAAGCAUAUGCUAAAGUACGCAUAUUACCCAAAUGCGGCGAUGGUUCCGUACAACAAACAGAAGUAAGUCGACCGACACAGAAUCCAAUUUGGAAUGCAACUCUCACAUUUGCGCAUGUGAAUGCGGAUAGCUUAAUGGAUCGCUAUAUUGAUAUACAACUCUGGGACUUAGUGCCACAUACAGAAUCUAUUUUUCUAGGCGAAUGCAAUAUUGAACUACAACAAGCUUUUCUUGACGAUCAUGCAAUUUGGUGUCGUCUUGAAGAUCCUAAAGGUUUGCGUGGUAUUAGUAUAUCCAAAUCACCAAGCGUUUCACCUCGCGGUUCACUUGCUACUGGCUGUCCUGGUGGUGAUGUAUCACGUUUACUACGACGUGACUAUAAUAUGCAACGUUCCAUAUCAGAUGAAGUAGAUUCAAUUGGAGAUGGCACAUCUUUAUUACAUCCCGAUCAUGCUUGGAUUGCUGGUUCUCGACGUGGUUCCUCGCAAUCUGAAACACUUGAAGUUGAGGUAUAUCAGUUGGGUAAAGAUUUUUCACGUUCUUUACCUGGUUCUCGUCGUUCAUCAUUUCAAGAUCCUGAAAAAAUACGUGAAGAAGAUGUUAUGGUACCACCACCUACAACAUAUUUAGCGGGUAGGCGACGUUCAUCGGCUGCUAGACGUGACCCCGAUGAAAUUCUUAAGUCACUCAAGGCUGUACGUGGUGAAUUAGGGCGUGCAAUGAGUUUAAAUACUGAACCUAACAAUAAACGGCCAACAUCUAGAC